AUGGCACUGGCGCCCUGGGAGGUCGGCCUGGAGGCCGUGGACCGUGCCGAUGGCCGCGGCGGCGCUAAGUCGCAGUGGCUGGCAGCGCAGCUGGCCGCGGCCGCGGGUGGCUUCGGCGUCUUCGCGGCGCUCGCCGCGGCGGCCGACCGCGACAGCGUCGACCACGGCAGCGCCGACAGGGCCCCCGCCGAUGAGCGCACCCUCGGGCGCACCCGCCGGGCCAAGACCGUGGUGGAGCUGGAUCGCCUCAUGGCCUCGGCGGAGGCCAUCGCCGGCAGCGGCGCCCCCAGGCCGGCGCGGCAGGUGGGGCGGCUGGUGCGGAUGGGCGGCUCGUCGAUGGAGCAGUACACGCAGUCCUACACCGACCUGCUCGUCUCGCCCGCGCCCGCACUGUUCGCUUGCCUCUUGCCAGCCUCCGACGCCGUUCCAGAUUCAAUGUAG